AUGCUUUCUCCAAAAAAGACUCUACAAGUUUUAAUUCCUACGACUCCUAAGAUAGGAUCUUCAAUAAAAAGCUAAUCUAUAGAGAAUGAAAUUAUUGAUAAUAAGAUUAAAUUGGUUUUAUUAGGACUUGAAAUAGAGAGACUCCAUAAAGUAGCAAUUCUAAUUACAGAAAAAUAUGAAGAUAAAAUAUAAUAAUUAGAAACAACAUGUAGCCUUACUAUUUAAUGAUUAGAAUAAUUACUGAAAGAUAAAAUUGACAAUUAAGAAAUCAAAAUUGCCACAUUGAAUCAAUAAUUGUUAAUAAAAGAUGAUUUUAUUAAUGAGAUUUUUGAUGAAAAGUAUAUUAAUAUAUAAAUAAUUAGAUGUCCAGAUGAAGUUAAUAAAAAAUUAAAUAAUUAAUUAAAGCAAGUCACUUAAUAAUUAAAUAGAGCAAAAAAAUAAAUAGAAACACUUAAUGAAAUGAAUAUAAUAUUUAAGAAAAAUCCUCCAGAAAAUCCUGAACUUAUAGAUAUGAUAAAAGAAUUAGAAAAUAAUUAUGAAGAAAUGUUAUAAAAAAAAGAUUAAGAAAUAACUAAUCUCAAAAUUAGAAAUUCAUCUUAUGAUUAAAGUCAUAGUUAAGAAAUAUCUGAUUAAAAGUCAGAACUUUUAAGAAUAUAAAUAGAAAAUCAAUUUCUUAAUGAAAAAAUAGAUACUAUUUUAGAAGAAAAUGAAAAAUUGAAAUAAUAAUUAAAACCAUCUCAUUCUUAAAAAUCUAGUAUUAAUGGUUAAUCAUAAUAUAGAUUAGUAACAAAAAUUGUUUAAUAAGAACCAUUUAGUGCUUUCUCAGAUUUCUAAUUGUUAGGUAAAAAUAAUAUAGUCAAUUCUUAAUAUCAUUCAGAUUCACCAUAACGAACAUCAAAUUAAAAUUAAUAAGAAUUUAUGUAAACACUUAAAAAAAUAGAAAAAAUUUAAUUAGAUGGUUAAUUUACACCUGAAAAAUUAUUAUCAUAAAUUAGAUUGAGUGCUACCUUAUUACAUUUGAAAAGAAUGGAAUUACCAAACGAUUUAAAUGAUACAUAUGUUAAAUAUUUGAAUUAAAUUGAAGAAUCUGAUAUUAAAUCUGAUGAUAAAUCUGAUUUAGCAUCUACAGUUAAACCAAAAAAAUUAUUCACUAAAAAUGAAGAUAAUGAUACAUAAUAAAAGUAAAUAAGAUCUCAAUCAACUAAAUCAAAUAACUAAAAACCUUUUUGUUCAAAUAAAAGAAAUCAAUUUGUAUAAGUUGAUUUCUUAGAUAAAAAACAAUUAGAAAAAACUUAAAAUGAACUUGAAAACUUAUAAAAUGAAUUUUAAUAAUUAUAAAAAAUAAUUAAUACAAAUCAUAAAAAUAUAACUCAAUCAGAUUUUAAAAAUUCAUAAGAAUCAGAUGAAUUAUUUAAGUAAUUCUAAAAAGAUAAUGUUUCUAAACUAAAAGAUAGUUUGAAUAGAUAAUCAGAUUAUAGUUUUAAGGAAUUAUAAGCAUAAUCUAAUUAAGAUAAAAAGACUAUAUAAUAAUUAAAUAGAUAAGUUGAUUAUCUAGAAGAAUAAUUAUAAUAUUUAAAAGUAUAAAAUUAAAGACAGACAUACUUAAUUAAAUAACUUUAAGAUAAAAAUUACUAAGAAAAAUCAGGUGAUUAUUAAUAAACUAUUAAAGAAGAAAAUGAUAAUUUAAAUGAAACCAUUCAAACAUUAUAAAAAGAAUUGGCAAAUCUUAAACAAAAAUAACAUAAAAUCUGUUUAAACAAAUCAAUUUAAACAGAUUAUUAAUUUAUACAAAAAGUAAAAGAGACAUAAACAAUAUAAUAAUAGUAAGUUAAUGAUGAAUUAAUGAAUUUACGUUCUUAAUUAGAAAAAUUAAAAAAUAAUUAAUAUUAUGAAAAUAAUUCACAAAAUUUAUUAAUUUAAGAAUUAGAUUAAUAAAUAUAAAAAUUGAAAUAAGAAAAUUUAGAUUUAUUAAAACAUUCUUAAUAAAAAGAAUAAUUACAAUAAGAAAUAUUUUAGUUAAAAUAAGAUAAUGUAGGAAGAUCUUAAACUAUAUAAGAUUUAAAAGAAUAGAAUGUUAAAUUGUAGAAAGAAUUGGACCUUUAUAAAUGUGAACUUUUAAAUCAUUAAGAUAAAAGAGAAGAUGAUGAAUUAUUUAUUAAAAUUGAAAAGGUGGAUUAAGAAAUUUAAAUGAAUUAAAAUGAAAUUAAAAUAAAUGAAGAAAAUUAAUAAAUCCUAAAAGAAUUAUAAGAAUAAAUAUAUUUAUUACAAAAUUUAUUAGAAUAAUCAAAAUUAGAAUUAUAAUAAAAAUAGAUUGAUUUGGAUUAAUUAUAAUGUUAUUCUGAGAAUCUUAUGAAACAAUAUAAUUAAUUAUAAUAGAAUAAUGAAGAUUUAUAAUAAAUUAUUAAAGAGUAAGAAAGUGAAUAUUAAACAUAAUUAUCAUAAAUUAAAUUAAGAUUAAGUGCAUUAGAAGAAUAAUAAGUAAAAGAACAUUCAAGAUCAAUCAGUAUAUCAGAAAACUGUGAUCAAUUAAAAGAAACAAUAAAAUAACAAGAUUUUAAUCAAUAAGAUAAUAAUAAUAAUGAUUUAGAGAUUUAAAUUAGAAGAUUAUUAGAUGAGAAAGCUGUACUUUAUGAUUAAAUGUAAAAAUAACAAUAAGAUUUUAAGUAAUAAAUUAAGAUUUUAAGUGAAGAUUUUGAAUUUUAAAAACUAUAAUUAAAUGAAAAAAUAAAAGAAUUAGAAAAUAAAAUUGUACUUUAUGUGGAUGGUGAUUAAAAAUUAAUGUAAGAAAAUUAAAAUUUAGCAAAUCAAGUAUAAAAUUUAAGCAAUUAAUUAAUAUUAUCAAGAUAAUAGAAUAAAGUUUAAUCUUAAAAGAAAUUAUAAUCUACAACUUCCUCACCAAGAGUUUAAAUUGAAAAUUAAUAAUAAAUUUAAUUAAUUAAAGAUUAAGAAAAUGAAAUUAUUUAAUUAAGAAAUAAUUAUGAAUAAAUAAAAUUAUAAUCAAAUCAAAUUAAUGAAUUAUUUAAUUAAUAAGAAAAUGAAAAUUAAGAAUUAAAACAUGAAAUAUUAACUUUAAAAACUGAAAAUUCUUUUGAAAAAUAAGAAAAUUAGAGAUUAAAAUAACAAAUUAUAACUACUAGAGAUUAAUUAUUAAUGUUAAAUAAAUAAUUAGAUUUAAAUAAAAAAAAUAAUAAAAAAGAAAUAGAUUAUUUGAAUUCAUAAUUAGAUUAAUAUAAGAUCUAAUUAUUUUCUACAUAAUCUUAAAUGUCAACUAUAAUAACAAAAGAUUAAUCUACAUAAUUAGAUGGAAAUAUAUAUAUUAUUGAUUAAAAUCUUUUGAAUGAAAAAGAUAACAUUAUUUAUAAUCUUAAAAAAUAACUCUAAUCUAAAGAAAAUGAAUUAGAUUAAACAAUAUAAAAUUUAUUAAUAAUUAAAUAAGAAUUAUUUAAAGCCAAUGAUUCAUUAUUAAAAUUAAGAACUACCUUAAAAAGUUAAGAAACAUUAUAAUCUUAAUCUAAUUAAUCAAGAACAUAUAAUGAUUGUACUCUUUAUCCUCCAAGAUAAAAUAGAAUGAUAUAGAUUUAAGGCAAUUCAAGAAUAUCAACAAGUGAAUAACGUCAUAAAAUUCAUUCUUUAGAUAAAUUGGAAAGUGUUUCCUUUUGGAAAAAGAAAUAUGAAGAAGUAUUAUAAUAAAGUUAUACCAAUUCAUAAUUUAAUUCAUAAAAUUAAUAAUAUAAAAUUAAAUUUGAAGAAUUGUAAUUAAAUUGUUAGAAUCAUUUAAAAGAUCUUGAAAAUUAUAAAGAUUAAAAUAGAUAAUUAUCAUAAAUGAAUUAACAAUUAUAAAUGAUUGAUGCAAAAUUAAUUAAUAAUAAUUAAUCCUUUAAAUAUGAAUAAGAAAUUUAAAAUCUAAAGAAAUAAUUAGAAAAAAUUUAUAUUGAAUUAGAUGAAUAAAGAAAUUUGAGUAACAGAUAUUAGAAUGGAUUUCAAGAGUUAUAAUAAAGGUAAAUAUAAACUAAAACUGUAUAAAUUAUAGAAACUAAUAAGGAAGAUAUAGAAAAUUAUGUAAAUUAAAUAUUUAAUGUAAAAUAAGAAAAUUUAGAGUUGUCUGAUAAAAAUAAAGAUUAUUAAUAUGAAAUACGAGAAUUAAAAUAAAAAUUAAAAGAGAACGAUGAUCAAUUGAAAUUGUUAAAAUAAUAAUAAUACUAAUCAAUAUAAUAUUUGGAUGAAUUAAAAUUUGCAAAUAGCAAAUUAAUUUAAGAGAAAUAAUAAUUAUUAAUGACUAUAUCUGAAUAAGAAAAAUAAGUAUAAUAAUUAAGUAAAUUUGAAUAAAGUCAAUAAUAUAAAUUAAGUUAUUCUAUUAAUCAUAAGAAUUUUGAGAGAUCCAAAGAAUUGAAUUUUAAUAAAACAGAAAUUAUGCAUAAUUUAGAUAUUAUUAGAUAAGAAUUAACAGUAUAUUAAUCAAAAUGUUAAAUAUAAGAAUUUGAAAUAAAUUAAUUAAAAUUAUAAUUGUAAUAACCAAUCCCAUAAUAAAAAUUAAUUAGUCCUAAUAAAUUUAAAGAAUAAUAUGAAUAUUUAAAUUAAAUAUUAAAAGAAUUGGAAAUCACUAAAUUAUAAAAUGAAAAUUUAAGAAAAUAAAAUUCAGAACUCUUUGAUUAUUAAUCAAAAUUAAUUUAUGAAAAUGAUAAUCUUAAAAGACUUAAUAUUAACAGUCCAUUAACUAGUCCUAGAAUUUAAUAUUAAAGUAAAAUUUCUUAAUAAAGAGAAGAUAAAAAUACUUAAAAUGGAAAUUUAAAUUAAUAAAUAGAUUAAUUAUAUUAAAGAAUAAAUACAGCAAAAAAUUCAGAAAUAGAAGAAUUAAAAUAUGAAUUAGACAUUUUAAAAAGAUAAGUUUUAUCAUCAAGUACUUAAGUAAAAGAAGCAGAAACUUUGAGUUUAUAAGCAAGAGUAUUAACACUUGAAAAUUAAUUAUAAUCUUCUUAAAAUUAAAUUGAAAAUUUAAAAGUAAAAUAUUAAUUGAUAUUAUUAGGAAAUAAUUUAAGAAAAUUAGGAACUAAAACAAUAGAUUAAAUUAUUGAAAGAAUCAAAUUCAAAAAUCUAACACAUUGUUAAUAAUAAUGUAAUAGUUAUUAAUUAUUUAUAAUAGGAAAAGAUAUAAUAACCAGAUUUAUCUCAAACUGAAAGAUUAAAUAGAGAAUUAACAGAAAAAAUCAGUGAAUUAACAUAAUUAAAAAUUAAAUAUAAAUAAGCUCUAACUAUAAUGUAGAAAAUGGAAAAUAGAUAAAUGUAAUGA